UGAAUGCAUUGUCUUUCCCUCAAUGACCAAAACAUUUAAAACGUUUUAGUUUACUUAGAAGGGUUUCACAAGAGUCGUUUGAGUGCAACUAAAGUCUCCUCACAUCUGAGCCGUUGACAGCAGCAGCCCGUCUGAGCUAACGUUGCUAACCGCUAACAUUAGCGUGGUGUAAAAAUGAACGACCAAUAUUCACUUAAUAAUAUUGACAGCCUACUCUUUCAGUUUGCUCUUCAAACUCGGGAGCUUUCCCAAAACAAGAAUGAUAUCAACCAACAAAUUAAAGUUUGUAGAGCUGACACUGCUGAGAGGAGGUCUUGCAUUCAAACAAUCCACAGAGAAAUCCAGAAACUUGAGGAGGAAAUCAGGGUGAAGCAGAGCACUAUGAUACAUAAUAAGGCUAAUGCUAAAAGCAUGAAGGCAACUAACAGCCUGCUUCUUCAGUAUGAGCAGUCACUGAAAGCAGAACUGGAGAACAGAAAAGACAGCUACAACCAUGACAUAGAAGUCUACGAAGAGAGAAUUGCAAGUUACAGGAAGGUAUUCCAGUCACACAAAGAAUAUUACUACCAACAUCCUCUUGCUCAAAAACUCCUUGGGCUGCGGGCUGAAAAAGAGGAGAUUGAGUCUAGGAUCAUGGCUUGGGAUGAUCAAAUAACAACGAACCAGAAGGAGCUGGACCAUUUCACUGGUCCAGAAGUCGAUUCUUCUUCCCCUGAGAAAUUACCAGACAGUGUUUCUGACCAGCAUCCCAUAGCAGAAGCAGAGAAACAAUUAGAGCCUCAGGCAGAGGAUGAUAGUUCUUCCUUUGACAUCUCCUCUCUUCAUCUCAACCAGACAAAGAAUGGUCAUAAAACAUCUGUAGAGGCAAAUGCAGACAUUUCUGAGGAAAAUGAGGUCCAGUAUUCUAUGACCUGCAGCCCUUCCCCAGAGAAAGAAAACGAUGAGCUGUGGUCAUCUCAUCCAUUGGAUGAACAAAUAUCGCCACGUGAGAUGCACACUGAGGAGCACAGAACUGGACAAGAGGAUCAGCAACCCACUGUGUCAGAUGUGGGGGAAGGAGUGGAGGCUGGUGUGGGGAAAGACGUAGCUUUAGAUGAAGAGCAGCCACCAAGCGACAAUGAGGAGCUUGUUACUUUUCAUCAGACAUCUAAAGAGAUGCAUCCUCAGUCCUCCGUGGCAGAAAUGACAGCUGGGUCUUCCAGCCCAGCAUUUCCAUUUAACUUUAGCCCUGCCGCCUCCCCACAACCACUCUCCGCUGACACCAAAUCUCCAGCUUUCCUGUUCUCUCUGCACUCUGAUCCCAGCACCCCAGGCUUCUCUGGGUUUGGAUUUGAUGUCGGAUCGUCAGUUGAUGAGGAAUCAUCUUUCGCUUUCACCAGCCCUUUUUUUAAUGAAAAGAAAACCACAGAAACACAGUCUGCAUCUUGUCCCGAGUUUCUGUUCGGCCAACCAGAGCAAAGUGAAGACUUCCAUUUUGAUUUUAGCUCCACCAGCCCUCAGACAACGGACAAAGAUACAACCAGGGAUGACUUUCCAUUUUCAUUCCACUUUUGAGAUAUAUAGAAAACAAUUUAAAUGCUGAAAAUUAUGUUUCUAAGACCAGUUUGUUACCUGUUUUGUUCUGUAAUGUUCUGAUAUAGUUUGUUAUUAAGCCUAGGUAAGGGUUAAUGGUUUAACAUCACCACGUUAAAUGGUAUGUAUUUUUUUUUUAUGUAACUUAAAACCAUAUUUCAAUAACUAUUCACACAACAAAGAACAUGUUGUAACAGUAUUAACUGUUGAUAGACCUUUAAUAGAAGAAAGCAAUAGUAUCAAAAUUAUACUCAACAUAUGUUCAUAUUCCUUUUCAGUUUUCGCUGUUGUAAGUAAAGUAGUUGUGAAGUUUGUUACAUGAUGAAAUAAACUGCAGUAUUAAACUUCAGUCAUGACGGUAAAUGAAAUGAUCACCUCUCUGUUCCCAUAAGUCACUUCCUGAUUAGGGAGACACUACAGGCAAAAACAUGUUGUCUGUUAUACUAGUGGAAAAAGAAAACAAAUGACAAUUUUAAGUACAGUGUACAUUAUUAUGUAUGUAUUAAUAUGUAAAUAAUUAUCUGGGAAAGUUGCUUGGGAAUAUCUUUUAGUUUACACUGAGCACUAAGUGUGAAUAGGGUAGUCUUGACAAAUGUAUGCAUUUAAUUAUACAUAUUUUAAAAGGCAGAAUCUACACAUUUAUUUUUUGUCACAAUCGGGGCAGAAAUGUACAUUCAAAUUAUAGAAGGUCUCAUUUUAAGCUUGAUAACAUGAACAUGAUGUACAUAUUUUACCCAAGGUUCAUGAUCAGAUUAUUACUUAAACUCAACAUACAUUCUACUUUAUAUAUUAUAUUUAGUAGUGAAUUCAUUUAAGCUUACUGUAUGGCACACUUGAUUGUGUUUGGCAGUGAUUUGACUACACAAAGAGGAGCACAAUGUGCAAUAAAUGAAUACCUGAAGUCCAUCUUUACAUUUCAUUUACUGUAGCUACAACUGUGACACCGACAAGGCUGACAAUCAAUGCUGGCUUUACAAGAUUUCAGCCUUAACAUGGACAGCAGUGAAAUAGGAAAAUGUUUUUUAAGAAGUCUGCAAAUGAAAGGUCGGACAGAUAAGGAUUAAAAAGUGCAGAGAGUUUACUGUAGUUUCAGAGAGCCUAGAACCCGGAGUCAAUGCUGAUAGAGCGCCGGGUCACAUGUUCAAUCUCUCCUGGGACAUAUUCACAGAAGCUGGUUUGGUACUUGGCCAACAUUUUUAGCAUCUGCCGCAGAUUAAACCACCACUGGACCUUGGGCAUCCGGUGCCUGAAAAACACAAAUAGAAUAUUAUUAUUAAAUCUAAAUUAUAAUGAACUCUUCUGUUUUCGACAUGUUUUGAGAUUGCUUACUCAAAAUCAGUCACAUCCUUGAGUUCAGUGACGGGCUUGAAUGAGAUCACCUUCCUGUUGAGGCCGAGCACGCAUGCUGUUUCUGGGGAAUUAGCGAAGACGCGUCC